AUAAUUUUGCCUUGGAGCAUCUGUAAAAUCAGUUGAAAGUUGUUAAAAAGCACUGUACAACUCAAAAUGAUCAUUCAAAAUUAUAUAAAUUUUUCUAGAGAAUAAGCAAACUCUAAACCUAAGGCAAUACCCUGAGAAAGCAUAUCGUCAAGUGGCGUUGAUUUCCCUAAAUUACGCAAUAAGUUGCAGUCGAUAAAAUGGUAUUUGUAUAUAUUGUAUUUAUUUUAAUAUUGUGAUAAAAUUUAAAUAAGCUUCCAACUUGUAACAGCAUUUUACAAGCAACUAAUUUUAAUUACGCUAUAGAUCAGUUGGAAAAUCAAUAUUUAAUAAAAUUGUGAAAGAUAAUUUUAUCAGCUGACCUGCUCUCUUUUCAGAGAUAGAUUUCACAGUCCCUGAAAUAGGUAUUCUUUGAUUUUUCUUUUCCAUGUUGUCUAACAUAAAAAUAGAUAGCCGAAUUGGCAACAAAUUUGUGCUGCUUCACUUCGAUGCUUGACGAAUACAUAUUAGCAAGCCAUGAUUAAAAACUUUAUGAAAUAAGUAAAAAUUUAUCUCCUUGGAGAUUUACAGUUUACUUUGAGACGUUAAAAAUGCAGAAAAAUUUAUAAUCAAGAAAUCGCGGGAGUUAAAUAACACCCGCAGCUGUGCAGUUGGCACAGAAAUCAACUUUAUGGAAGAUAUUUACGGAAUUUCUACACCACUAAAAAUGGCGGACGAGAAAAUGCGUUACGUGGCCGCCUAUAUGCUCGCUGCUUUGUCAGCUAAAACCCCCUCUGCUAAGAGCAUAAAGGCUAUCUUGGACUCAGCUGGUGUAGAUAUCGAAGCUGACAAGAUCGAUAGUGUCCUUAAAGCCAUGGACGGUAAAAAUAUUGCUGAAGUCGUCGAAGAAGGCUUGGAAAAACUAACUACCGUACCAACCGGAGGAGCAGCAGCAGCACCAGCAGCCGCCACCUCUUCAGAACAAGCAAGCUCUUCAGCCCCAGCUAAAAAAGAGGAGGAAGAGAAUGAUGAAUCUGAUGAUGAUAUGGGAUUCGGUCUAUUCGAUUAAGUUGUUUUUUUCACCGAAUAAAAUUUUCAUUAUCAUUUGACUUUAAAA